GCCGUCUCAGAAUCGAAUCAACGGCCUGGGUUCCCAUGCAUGCAGCCUAAGCUAUAAUAGCCAACCUCAGAUCAGAUUGACUCUCUGACUGGUACCUAUCUAGCUAGCUAGUGGUGAAUCAACCAUGCCCAAAUCUCGGUACAAUGUUGGUAGUACAAAGAAAAAGGGGGCAACGGCAGCAAGACGCAACGGCAGCACGACGAGUGUGGGUUUAUGCAGCGUUCGUCGCUUCCUGCUGAACUUGGGCUUGGUGAUGAUGGGUUUCUGCUUUGUGUACUUUCGCUCCCAAACAGAUCGCCUUCUUGGUAGCAUCAAAAUCACUUUGAAAGACACAAUGGCCACCACCACAACUAUCGGUACCACAACUGCUAGCACCGAGGCUUAUGCCAGCAAGUACGAGCAGCAGCAUGAGAGCACAGUCUGUAUUUCACAAGAAGAAAUUGACAAGAGUUCUCUACUGACUGCCAAUGUUCCUCUUGAGAAGGAAGAUCCAGGCACGUUUGCUCGAAGUGAUCCCCAUGACAACAGUGCCAAGGGAGACACUGCUCCCACCCUUAGAAAAGACUACAAUAGUGGCAAUGACAUUGCCUGCCGUGUCUUGGUAGCCAAUCACCCGGAUUAUCACUAUGAGUUGCUGGAGAGCGUUGUCCUCAAAUAUCCACUCCCGUGGGAUGACAUGCCCUGUGAUUUCACAAAGAGCAACGUUGUCGUUUUUGACAUUGCCAUGACCCUCCAUGCUGAAAAGGCCAAGGAAUUGCCCACCUACAAGGCAUACUACUACUCUUAUCUACAAGGAGUCCCACGACGUCGCAUGGUGGCGGAAAGCAAACGCAAUACUACCAAUACCAAAUACGAAAAUGUCAUGGCCAUCAUUGGGGAUGUUGGCAGUCCAUGGGAAAUGGAAAAGUAUGAGGGAAUAUAUGCAGCUCAAAUUGCUGUCAGUUGUGGUACCAUUGAUCCCAAAGGGUUCGUCAAUCGCAGCCCCUUUCAUUUUUGUGUACAGCAUGUCUCGUGCGAUAUCAGUGAAACCUUCUGUGAUGACAAUACCAGAAAAAGGUCCUGUUGGCUCAACCCCAUGCACAAUCAGACAUGCUACUUCAUGGCAGACAUAUUUCCCAUGUUUCCAGAUUCAGAACGAUGCCAACAGCCACAAAACAACAAAAACAACGAUAAAAUUCGGCUUUGUACCAUUGGAACAGCCAAAAGUCAUGCCAGGCUGGCAUCUGUCUUUGGGGCUGAUGCCAAUUAUUACCGACAACAUGUUGAACUGCAUUUGCAUCAUCGAUUUGGGAUGAUACAAGAAUAUGUCAUUAACAAAGUUGACGAUUUUGUUUUCAUUGCCAACCAGUCUAGCUUCAUUGGAUUCCAACAAUCCGUGUCCAAAUGCGACAUUUUGAUCCCGUUACUGUUUCCAGAGGCAGGAGGCCUUGGAUACUUCCGUUACAAUCCCAAAUCCAUGAAACUGUCUGGAAGCCUGUCCCAGUUGAUUGGGUAUCAUUUGCCGUCUGUCAUGCACAAAGACAUAUAUGAUUCCUACAAGGAUGUGCUCACGGCACCAGCAACAACACACGAAUCUACAGAAGAGAGUUUGGACAAGGCACUCAAACAAAUGAUUCAAACAGUCGCACAAAACAGGAAAAGGGCCUGUAACCAUAGCCCAAAUAUCAUACACGGGAAGAAGUGCCUGCCAACACCACCACUGAGGCCCGAACUCCAAAGUCAAUUGGUGGCAUCGGCCAAACAAACAAGUAGCCAGUCAGACACAAAGACCACUCCACCUCUACCCCCGCCACCGCAAGACAACAACGACAAACCUGCCGUUUCCUUGUCCAUACCUCCGAAGGAAGAUACUGCCAACAUCCAAAAGCCACCGAUCCGAAGCUGGAUGUCACGAGAUGCCUUGAUUCGACCGCAAGAAGAACGACAAUACGUGUGGGAAAAGGAGAAGAGAGAACAGCAAAAAGGAAACGACAAGAAUGCUCAGCUACGACAAGAGUUUCGCGAGAAAGUGCUAGAAAGUGCCAACAGUCCAGCCAAUCAGGCAUUGCAGUUAAAGGCAGGGAAACUCUUGAGAGAGGCCAUGACCAAAUUCACUGCACCGGGAUACGAGCCCGUCAUGGAUGAAAAGAAAGAUCCCGUCUUUGAUGAAAUCAUUGUGGCAGUCGACUUGGAGGCGCACCUAAUGGAACCAGGGGAUGGAAAUGGUCAAAGCAAAAAGGCUUUGGUCGGUGAAACGCUCUUUGGCAAAUUGGAUGGGGAUUGUGUCAUUUACGGGGCAGGGAUUGCUUACGAAACGAGUUUUGAGGUGACCAUGGCACAAAAGAAUACAGGCUGUGCUGUGCAUUCAUUUGAUUGUACCAUGAACGACGUGGAUGCGUUGACCCGAUUCAUAGACUAUCAAAAGGAUAUCGUCAACUUGGCCUUUCAUCCCUGGUGUGUCGGAGAAGAAGAUGCUGUCGAUCAAGAUGUACUGAAAAAGAGCAAUGUCUACGACAUGAGCAAAUUCUCUUCCAACAUGGUCCGAUUGGAAGAGAUUAUGGAGCGGUUGCACCAUGAAGAAGUGGAUCUGCUCAAGUUUGACAUUGAAGGAUUCGAAUGGAAACUGUUUGACUCAAUCUUGCAGUCUACGGAGCAUCUCCCUCGCCAAAUGGCGUUUGAGUUGCACACUCGCCAUGCUAAUCCAGGUUACGUUCCACCCCAUUUGGUGAAGGAAAAAGGACGAGAGGCAGUUGUGGCUUUGUUUGAUCGUCUCUACCAAUUGGGGUACCGAACGGUGAGCAAGGAGCUCAACUUUGGUGACUUUCGGUGUGCCGAGUUUGUCGUCUAUCGGUUCUAUGAUGGGGAUGAAAACCUAUAGUAGGCAAGGACACAGAGAGAGAGAGAGAGAGACGUUGAUUGUGUCAACCCUUGCCUGUUUGUUUAGCACAACGACCCGACCGCAACGGUCGAUCAAACCACUGGCUCCUUUGCUCUUCCCCAACGUGGCUCAGAUGCCUACAGUUCAAACCUCUCAAGCUAGUGCCACUAUUCUGUCGCGGACAAGAGGCAUCCACGCCGAGAUAAUUUUAACUGGUUAGGCAAAAGCUCUGUUACGUU